CUCAGCUUUAAUUUGAACAAAACCAGUGUUUCAAAGUGAAUAAAAAUGUCGAAACCAGGAGAAAGAGCGCUUCAGGCAAUCAAGGAACAAGACAAAACCGUUGCAGUAUUCAAAACACCCGUUGUUACGAAGGCUAAGACCAAGGACAAAAUCAUCCUAACCGAGGAGGAAUAUCUACAGGAAAUGGGUAAAAUCAUUCAGCGCGAUUUCUUUCCGGAUCUGCAAAAGCUGAAAGCACAGAAUGAAUACCUGGAUGCCUUGGCGAGCAACGACGUUUUUAGGCUCAGACAGAUCUUCUCCAAAUACAGCUCAAAGAGGCCAAAUUCGUCCAGAAUUGCAAGUCCCGCUACGUUCGAAACACCUCUCCCGGAUACCACACCAGCUUCGGAACUGCCCCCUUCGGUCCGAUCCACAUCGACCGUAAGCUCGAGCAAAUCCACCAAAUCCAUCGGAGACAAGCACUCGUUGGACAGCUUCCUGCAGACGUACACAAGCGAAGACAAUGAUAGUUUUCAGGAGAUUAUCGAAACGGCGGAUCGUAAGCUCCGGCAAAAGUUCGCCGUUCUCUACCAAGCGGAGGGAUCUUCGGCGAUUGAGAUGAACAAAUGUUUGGCCCUGCCGUCCAUCGAGCAACAGUUCGAUCAGCGAGAAAAGCCGAAGCAGCUGGACAUGUGGACCUACACCAACAAAAACUUCAUCAUGUACACACCCGAAGGUGUGGAGCUGACCAAAGAGGAACAGCUGGAGAUGGCCAAGCGGAAGCAAGAGAUAAGCCACUCCUGUACGCGCCUUCACCGGAAUCCGUUCAACGAUCAGGACAGCAAACAGGCGAUCGUGGAAGCGGCCAAAACGCAGGCGAAACAUUUGCCUGAAAAGAUCGGAGUCGAUGGCAAAGUGGUGGACACGUCGAGCGACACGCCGAAGGUGCGUGGGUUUGGCUUCGUCAAGAGUCCCUCACCGUGCCCUGGUGUUACCGACAGUCCGCUUUUUACAUGGGGCGAAAUCGAGGGAACCCCCUUUCGUCUGGACGGUGGUGACACCCCGCUACACCCAUCAUCCGCCGGACCCUCUUUUCGCAUAGUGGAGACAUCAAAGCGCGAAAACUUGGCCCUCCAGCUGGCCGAAAAGGCGGCGGAAAAGUCACGCGAAAAGAAAGCAAAGGCAAUCGAGGCAGCCCGGCGGAACAUGGCGUCCCCGAUGGUGCGCAGCUCGUUCGAGCGAUUGGCCAGCAUGUCCCCAGCGGCACGUCGAUUAGCCACGAACAAGAUAGGCUUUCUAAGCACACCGAGUCCUCUUCGGUCUCCGGCGCGAUCGGUAGGUCUUAAAACACCUACCAUGCGGGGACCGGGAAGUGCCAAAGCGCGCCAUAUCGUUGCUUCCCCGGUGGGAAUGGUUCGCCGGAAGACACCGCUCGUGUCGGGAAGUGACCGACCGAACGUCAUUUCGAAGGGUGCGGGUGCGGGUGCGGAUCUCACUGACGAUUUACUGGACAUUCCCACCGGAGGGAAACGUCCGAAGGCCGCUGAUUUCUUCUGAAAGUUUUACGCUUUCGUUGUUAAAUUUAAAGUAAGAAUAUAUAAUUAAGACGAGUCUCAUAACAUA